AUGGUACUGCGGUGUUGGUCCGUGAUUGCGCUGUCACUGCUGAUGUCCACCGGCCAGGCGUUCAGAAGGGUGAGCAUGAGGAAGAUGCCCUCUAUCCGGCAGACGCUGCAGGACAUGGGCGUGUCUCCGGCGGAGGCGUUGGCCGAGCUUACCGGGGCGUCAGCGAACCACCCCGCCCCCAACAACAACGGCACCGCCCCCACACCACUCACCAACUACUUUGACACUCAGUAUUUUGGGGAGAUAAGCAUCGGUUCCCCACCCCAGACCUUCAACGUGGUGUUUGAUACGGGCUCAGCUAACCUCUGGGUGCCCUCAGCAACCUGCUCCCCUCUCUACACCGCCUGCUUCACGCACAACAGAUAUGACUCGACCAGAUCCCGAACGCACAUUGAUAACGGAACGGGAUUUUCCAUCCAGUAUGCCACCGGGAACGUGCGAGGAUUCCUGAGUGAGGAUGUCGUUGUGGUGGGCGGGAUCCCUGUUGUUCAGGUUUUCGCAGAGGCCACCGCCCUGCCUGCGAUGCCCUUCAUCUUUGCCAAGUUCGACGGGGUCCUGGGCAUGGGGUACCCCGACACCGCCAUCGAUGACAUCACCCCGGUGUUCGACCGCAUCAUAUCCCAGCACGUGCUGAAGGAGGAGGUGUUCUCAGUGUACUACAGCCGAGACCCAAACCACACCCCUGGAGGAGAGAUCGUGCUGGGAGGCACUGACCCGGACUACUACACCGGAACCUUCCAGUACCUACAGACCAACAGGGUGGGCAAAUGGGAGCUCAGCCUGAAAGGGGUUUCUGUGGGGGCGGACCUGCUGUUCUGCACCGAGGGCUGCACGGCUGUGAUUGACACUGGCUCCUCCUAUAUCACAGGCCCCGCCUCCUCCGUGUCAGUGCUGAUGAAGACGAUUGGAGCCACAGAACAGGCUGAAGGAGGGUAUACCGUGAACUGCAACCUGGUGAAAUCCCUGCCCAGCAUCUCCUUCCAGUUCAAUGGGGCUGAGUUUCCGCUGACAGACGAGGACUACGUCCAAUGGCAGUCACAGUUCGGAGAGGACAUCUGCACUGUCACCUUCAAGGGCCUCGACGUGCCACCCCCGACGGGCCCCUUAUGGGUGCUGGGGGCCAACUUCAUCGCCCGCUACUACACCGAAUUCGACCGCGGCAACAACCGGAUCGGCUUUGCAUCAGCGGUGUGAUGUCAGCAGUCCGCUGUCCAUCCAUUUGCUGUCAAUCUCUUUAUUAGAAUACGCUUCAUGUUUCACUUUCAUUUAAUAUCAAAUUGAGUUUUUAUAUCUGGGCUUUCCCAUGAAGCCUGAGUAAUGUAAACAGCCGAUUUAAUUUGUUAGUAGCAACUACACAAUAAAUAAAAAUCCAUUCUUACCAUAUUUUAUAGAGAAAUCAUAGAGAGUGAGGCACUUUGUUGGACACAAAUACAGAGUAUUGUGUAACUU